UUAUGGCACUGGAAGUUGGCCCACAGUCGGCAACAGUGUCAGUUGCCAUUCACGCUUGGGACUAACCGGUUUGGCCGACAGCUACGCAAAAAAGCAAACCAAUCCAAACGGAUUCGAGCCAAAACGAACCGAACCGAACCCAACUGGCUGGCGAGUAACGAUGGGCAACAAAGUUGUGACAUUUACGGAGCAGGAAUUGGAUGACUACCAGGUGAGCGAUCAAUCAGAUGAAGCUCACUUCCGCACAGCUAAUUUCUCUUCAUGCAUUGCUGGUCCGCAAAUCGGAAAGGAUUGCACGUUCUUCACGCGCAAGGAGAUCCUGCGGGUUCACAAGCGAUUCCGUGAGCUGCGGCCGGAUCUGGUGCCUCGCCAGAUGACCGAAGGUCAGGCCUCGAGUGUUAAGGUGCCCUGCGAAUGCAUUGAGAAGAUGCCCGAGUUGCGUGAGAAUCCCUUUCGCCGGCGAAUAUGCGAGGCCUUCUCACGCGAUGGCCAGGGCAAUUUAUCCUUUGAGGACUUUCUGGACGCCCUCUCCGUUUUCAGCGAGCAGGCGCCGAGGGACAUUAAAGUUUUCUACGCUUUCAAAAUUUAUGCUCCAGCUGUUGGCCAGCAUUUUGAGCCUUUGUUUAUGCAUUUCCGCAGCCCGUGUUUAUUGCCUUUGGCGAACUUGCCCUCGUUGCGUGCGUGUGUGUGUGUGUGGGCCCUCUUUGCAUUUGGACUUUACGAUGGCCGAAAUGGCAGAGAGAAGCAUGUGGAAGAUGGCCCUGGCCGCCAAACGUGGCACACAACUCGUGGUGACUCGCGGCCGGGCAAUUUGUGGCGCCGUUCCUGGCAGCAGCUAAGUUCAAGGACAGCCAUAAAUUCUAAUAAGCAUUUUAAUUGAAAUUUAAAUUAGAAUCCCGAAAAAUGCCAACGUAAAUGGAGCAAAAGUUUUCGUGCAAAUUGAUUGUGCACUUGACACACGAAAUUAAUGGCCCGAAGUCGGCAAUCAAUGGGAUGCAAAGUAUCUCUUGGUUCGAGUGCAACUGCAAGUUGCUAGUUUUUUUUUUUUUUUUUUUUUGCUAAACUAGUUGCAAAACUCAAGUUAUGGAGAGCCAGGCAGCUAGGCUGCACUUUAUUUCAAUGUGUGUUAUUAGAUUGACACAAAUUGAAACGUGCAGCAAGCGAUUACCUGUGUGGCAGAAGGAUGCAGACGUGGCUGACUGUUGGGCAAACUCAGUUUGGCACACAUCACUUGACUUUUGUGCAAGAAAAUGUCAAGUUUUGUAAGCCAUCUCCUUGUCCGCUGCCCCAACCCACCCACUGCUGCCACUCGUUUGUGUGAGUACUUACGUCUGGCAUAACUUUGCAGAUUUCGAUCAGGACGGCUUCAUCGGGCACGCCGACCUCAUGUCCUGUCUGACAACAAUGACCAAGAACGAGCUGAGUCCGGAGGAGCACCAGC